GUCCUACCAUUCUAACCAUGCAUGCGCGGCUCCAGGAGUGCGCAGCGCGGCCAUCGGCGAGGGGACAUCGACACUGAUCAUCAGGGCACUGAUGAUCAGUGUGCCCUGAUGAUCAGUGUAGCCCCAGCCAUGCCACCUAUCAGUAUCCAUCAGUGCCAGCUGUCAGUGCUCAUCCAUGCCACCUGCCAGUGCCCAUCAGUGCCACAUCAAUGCCACAUAUCAGUGCCCAUCUGAGCUGCCUUUCAGUGUCACCCAUCAGUGCUAGUUAGUGCCACCUAUCAAUGCCAGUCAGUGCUGCCUAUCAGUGCCAAUCAGUGCCGCAUAUCAGUUUGCAUCAGUGCCCGUCAGUGCCGCCUAACAGUGCCAGUCAGUGCCAUAUAUGAGUGCUGCCUUUCAGUGCCCAUCAGUGAUGCCUGUCAAUGCCCGUCAGUGCCACCUACCAGUGCCUCCUCAUCAGUG